AUGGAUGCAGAGGAGUUAGUUGAAUCCAUCAUCCGAGCACUUAUGUUUUUGGCGGGCAUUAUCGGUAACAACUAUUUGGCCAUCAGAUCCAUCCCCUCCAGGAGAUCUAGCAUCUCCACCAAUGACGUGCUCUUCAUCAACCUGGCGGUCUCCAACCUGAUCACCAACUACCUGGUGGACCUUCCCGACACCAUAGCCGAUUUCGCCGGCCGCUGGUUCCUGGGCGAGGCGUACUGCGGAGUCUUCCGCUUCUGCGCCGACCUGUCAGAGACCAGCAGCAUCAUCACCACCUUCUUCAUCAGUGCCUUCUGGCACCAGAAACUGGUGGGCUCCUUGAAGAGGGGCGGUGCGCCCGUCAAGUUGGAUAACAUGGCAUUGGUGCUGACCCUUCUGGCCGGCAGCUGGGUCACGGCCUUUGCUUUCAGCACACCGCACUUUUUCUUCGUGAGGGUAGAGGGGACCAACGGGAGCGAGGAUGACUGCGUUGACGUCUUCCCGGAUGCCUUCUCCAGACAAAUGUAUGACAUCUUCUACCUGACGCUGGCCAAUGCCAUACCUCUCACCGGGAUGCUGAUUGCCAGCGCUCAGAUCGUGGUGACCUUGUUGAAGAACCACCAGAGAAUCCGGGGUCAAACAGAAGAGCUCAGCAAGGAUAGAGCUCUUGAUGGAUCAGUCGGCACCGUUUCCGAACAGAACGCCAACGCCUCCACGUCCGAUUUGCAAACUGGCGUUGCCCCUGCAGCUUCAUCCAAGCCUGGCCAAAUGCGCUCAGGGAAGCCCAAUUCCGCCCGCCAAGUGCGGGCGGCCAAGAGCGUGGUGGCGGUGGCCAGCGUAUUCCUGGUGUGCUGGCUGACUCAUCUGCUGUUGCGCAUUACCAACAACUUCCACACCUCCUCGCUGUUGGUGGAGGUGGCUAGCUACAUAGCAGCCUCCUACACCUGCAUCAUACCAUACAUAUUCCUGCACGGGGUCAAAAAGCUCUCAUGCUCGUGCAUAAAUAGAAGUUAA